CGGCCACGUGGCGGGAUGCCACUGGACAUCCGUGGAGCGACAACCCCCGCGCCAAAAUUUUCAAAUAAAUCCCUAAUUGGCGACUUAGGACGAGGAGUUCAGGAGCGCUCGAUUCCUACAAAGGAUGAGGAGCAUGGACGAGGACGAGGAGGUCAGAGGAGGACAGGGUUUAACGUUGGGCGAGCCAAUGAAGUGAAUCGAGCCAAGCAGGUUUCCGCUCUCGCCGGCGCUGAAUGUCUCAGCUGCCGCAUUGGCAUGUUCGUUGCGUUGGUGCUCUGCUCGAAUGUUGGUCAGAUAGAAACGACAGAAGCUUUGUGUCAGACAAGACCGGUGCUGAGUCUACGGCAGGUUCACCUGCCUCGUCUCUCCGAGCGGGGUUUUGAAUUGGAAUACCUCUGGCGUCGAGUGAUGUGGCGGCUGCUUCUCGGCUUUUGUGAACUGGUUUCUGUUCAUCCCUUCGAAUUCGUCUUGUAAUCGCCUCGUGGUGACAGCGAUUCUCCUCCUGGAUCGGAUUUGAAAUAAGCGUCUGAAUCGGGAUUAGGGGAGAAAAUGCCGGUCGUUCCUGCACCCGGUGAAUAUACAGUGUGCGAAAUAAAUCGGGACUUGCUGACUAGAAAAGAUGAUGCCGACAAGACCGCGCAAGAUGCCUACUCCAAGAUAUUGGGUAGGGUGUUUGCAAGCAUUCCAUUUAGAGUAAACCUGCCUGAAAAUGGCUUCCGGAAUGGACUGAGUGCUUCUUAUUACGAAGAUGAACAAGCUCGGGAAUCGGGAAUGUCCUACUAUGAUUCACCUAUGCCGAGCACUAGUGACCGUAGAGGGGAUAUGGUCGGUGAGGAGGACGGACGCCGAGGGUUCUUAUCGAAACAGCUGAGUGUUGCCAAGAACUACAUCAGUAGUACCCUUCAAGGUGUCGUGGCACCCUAUCCUGAGGGCCAGGCAAGUUUCAAAUCUGACCGAUUUCAAGCAGUCAGUUGGCACAAGCAAAAGCAUUGGCUAGCGUUUAUUUCAUCUGCCGAUCAAGUUCUGGUGUAUGAUUUCGAAGACUCGGAAUCAAGAGACCCCGCCGUAUUAGCUAGCGAUUCUCAAAGAGGUGUUGAGGCCGUGGAAUGGCGUCCCAACAGUGGUGCAACUCUUUCCGUCGCUUGCAGAGGAGGUAUUUGUAUCUGGAGCGCUUCUUUUCCUGGAAAUAUAGCACCAGUUAGAGCUGGAAUUGUCUCAAUCUUGGGCACUCCACAUAGAGGCUCGGGUGCCAGGUGGGCGCUGGUGGACUUUUUGAAGACCAAGGACAACAAACCUGUGACGGCAAUCUCGUGGUGCCCCAGUGGGAGGCUGUUAGCUUCUGCUUCGAGAUACGAUUCAUCAAUAACGAUAUGGGAUGUCUCUCAGGGAAAGGGAAGCCCAUUACGGAGAGGACUCGGGGGCAUUUCCUUGCUGAAGUGGUCACCGACUGGUGACUAUGUCGUCUCAGCCAAAUUGGAUGGGUCAUUCAACUUGUGGGAAACCAAUACGUGGACAUCAGAACCCUGGUCAUCAGCCGGAGGCAGCAUUGUCAGCGCCAUGUGGGGUCCAGAUGGGCAUGCUUUGUUGGCUGCUUUCGAUGGAUCGACUACCUUGGCAACCCUAUAUUUUCCCAGCAGACCGCCUUCUCUAGACGUUCAUCUCCUUCCUUUGGAGUUGCCUGAACUGGAGUCCGUAACCGGAGGGAGGGGAACGAUUGAGAAGAUGGCCUGGGAUGGGACGGGAGAGAGACUUGCACUAUCCUACAGUGGGGGCGACGCUACCUACGGUGGACUUAUAGCUAUCUACGAUACAAGGCAUUCACCUCUUGUGUCCUCAACUUUCAUAGGUUUCAUUCGAGGUCCCGGACUGGGGGUAAAAGCCCUAGCUUUCGCGUUUCAUGACAAGCUGAAGCAGGGAGCUCUUCUUGCCGUGUGCUGGAGUUCUGGCGUUUGUUGUUCUUAUCCGCUACUUUUUCGCACACACUAAUGACCUACCCACGUCUCAAACCCAGAACAAACAAUAGCUGUAGUGCAAGAGAAAUUGUCCCAGGGUGUAGAAUGCCCUGACUCACAUGUAACGAUUAUGUUAAUUAGCCGAAGGAGUUAGUCGAGCAGUAUGUUCUUCACUCAGCACAAGGACUAGAAAAAGUGCAAUUUUUUCCCCCUUCCAAGUGAGCUUGAUUAAUCCUCAUAAAUUUAAGAUUUUACCUCGCCAUUUCAGGCCUGAGAACUAAAGGUGUAUUUUCUCCAUCUCC